AUGUCUACAACUUGGUCCGGUCGCCCACCACGACAUGUUCUCUUCCCGGGCGACCGGGCUGUCCUCUGCGCACGCGGCCGUUCAAUGUUCCCGUCCUCCCGAUGCGCCUGCCGUUUGCGUCAGGAGCACCGCACGCCUGUCAUUGUCAAGCGGUAA